AUGGACUCUUCCAAAACAGACCGCGAUCGCUCUCGCUCUCCCCGGAGAUCCCCCGGUCCACGUAAACCCAAGAACUUCAGCAACCUCAAGUUCAAAGGCGACCGCGAGCGUCGCGACCCAGACAGACGACGCGACGACCGAGACCGAGACCGAGAGAGGCGACCGCGAGAUUCCUCGGACCGCGAUCGAAGACGCGAUGACGACCGCUCUCGCGAUCAUCGCCGUCCCCGAGAUACGUCGCGCGACAGACGACGAGACUCGAGCCGUGAUCGCCGUCGGCGCUCCCGCUCUCGCGACCGCAAACCACGCGACUCGAACCGCGACAGCAAACCAAAAGAAAAGAAAUCCGCUCCUGCGGCUCCUGCUGCACCCUCCGAGCCCAUGAUUCUCGUCACCAUCAACGACCGUCUAGGCACCAAGACACAAGUCCCCUGCCUCCCCAGCGACCCCAUCAAGCUGUUGAAAGCCAUGGUUGCAGCAAAGAUUGGGCGACCGGUGCAUGAGAUUAUGCUGAAGAGGCAGGGGGAGAGGCCGUUUCAUGAUAAUCUCACGUGUGCGGAUUAUGCGAUUAGCAACGGUGUGCAGAUUGAUUUGGAGUUGAAUACUGGAGAUUAA